GCUGGCUAAUUCUGUGUAUCAUGCUUCCACUUUCCACUAAUUAUGCGAUAUCUAAAGAAGACUGGUUUUGCGGUAACGACAAUUUUAUGACUGAUCUGUCUUACCGGUCUAUGCGUGGCAGUUGUCAUAUAUAUGCUGCAGAUGUCAAUCAUUGCUGCGCUUACCAUGACGAAUGUUAUAGUCUCCAGCUUGGGAAGAGCAAAUGUGACGAUGAUUUUUGUCGUUGUCUACAGAGCAUCUCUGACAGUUUCCCAGCAAUCUGUGAGUUUUUUAUAAUGGGUAAAUGCGACCUUGUUAAAACGUUUGCGGAUUCGAAUUAUAGAAAUUCAAGAAAAAGCAAACCAAAGACAAUUUCUCGAUUAGUACCGGAUGAUGACGAGUUGCGUGACGGCAUCCAUGAUCUCUAUGAUGCCUGCCCAUGGAUUGGAAAAAUAAUAAAGUCUUGUGUCCUGCUCUAUAACUUUUGCAUAGAUGGCAACUCUGAUAAAGAACUGUGUAGCGCGAAUUUGAGAAGAUGUACUAAAGAAGCAUCCGAUUUCCAUUCCGAUGACAAAUGCUCAGCUGCUGUUGAAAGAUUGUUUCCGGGAGCAGGUAACCUAAUAUACAAUUUCGGCUCGUCGAGACAGGCUGUAGUUGCUUUGAAACCUUACAUUUACCGAACGCUUAUCAUCGUUGGACUUUUGAUAAUAUCGUUAUGCUUUAUGUCUACAAUUGUGGCAUGUGUCAUGUUCUGCACCAAGGAUCCAGAUAUAGACGGUGCACUUAAGGGCGUCAAAAGAGUUCCAGAAUGGUUAGCGUUUGAGAAAGAGUUCUCUUCGAGAAAAACUGAUCGCAAAGAGCAGAACAAGAAGAAGAUCAAACAAAGCAAAUUGACCAGAAAUUUGAACUGA